UAGAGGAGCCGCCAGUUCCCCGCUGCACUUCAUUGGUAGCAGUCAAGAGCCAUAACGCACCCAAGACUCUUUCUCUGUGGCAAGACAAUCUCCGCAACACCGAGCGACCAGACACAAACAGCCGGAUACCAACUGCCAGACUCCAGCAGUCAGAUACCAACUACCAGACUCCAGCAGCCAAACUCCAACAGCCACACUACAACAGCCAGACACCGAUAGGCAGACUCCGACGGCACCAUGAAGUCGGUGUGUUUGUUGAUGUUCUUGUGCGUCUCCCUGGUGAACGCGGAGGACAGCGUGACCGGAUCCGCGUCCGGGCCCGCGGGAACACCGCCACCCGCCAGCAACGGAGCAGCUGCUGGUGGCUCGACCUUCGAUCCACCACAACGCUUUCAUGACUCCAGCGAAUCUCACGAAUCACAUGAAUUCAUACCAGGUUGCGUCAAAACUGCGGCCUGCAUCGCUGCCAGUGGGAAGUGUCAAAGUGCACCGUGUACUGUUCAACAGAAGAGGGUCCACGGAGGUUGCACAGGAAGUGUGUGCAACUGCUGUGCCCCCAGAGGUUGUGACCCUCAACCUAAAUGCAAGAAAUCUGGAGGAUUUUGUGCCCUAGCGUGCGGGCCCGGCCUGCAAGUGCUCCCAGGGGGCUGCACCGGAACGUGCAGCUGCUGUGCUAGACCGUGUGGCACCUCUGACGAGUGUGAGGACUGGCAUGGUGUCUGCCAGCGACAAAGGUGUGCCCCUGGACAGAGAGAGCUUCUAGAUGCCUGUCCAGGACAAGGCUGUCGGUGUUGUUCACCUGCCGGUCCAAUCCGUAAUGUUGAAAGUAACAGUACUAUUGGUGAAGUGAUCAACGUGGAAACAGGAGAAGAGGGAAGCGAUGUGACUCAAUCUAAUGAAGAAGAAGAGGAGGAGGGAGAGGAUGAUGAGGAAGAGGAAGAUGAGGACGAGUCUGUGGAUUCAAACUAAGAAGAAGUAGAUGGAAACAAGAAAGACAAAGAAGAACCGUAGGAGUUAUUACAGCUACAUCCAUACACACAUAACAAAAGUGCAGAUAGUUGUUCCUUUUUUUUUUUACCACAGACGUGGCCACACAUUUAUAAUGCUAACCAGCAUAUGUAUAUUUGUUUUCUGUCCUCAGUGGACCGGGUUAGAUAUCUGUUACUUAGUUCAGUAGUGCAGGUUAACUCUGGCGGUCAUCUGGCCGGCAGCGAACAAUAGACCAGACAGGAAUACGAGCAUACAAUCAAAGCUUGUAUAGGCAUAAUCCAAGAACUAGCAACAGCAGCACAUAGAGAACGUCUUACUUAUGGAAGAUUUCAACUGCGGUGAAUUAGACUAGGAGACAAACCUGGAGACAUAUAUAUAUAUAUAUAUAUAUAUAUAUAUAUAUAUAUAUAUAUAUAUAUAUAUAUAUAUAUAUAUAU